AUGGACGCUUCAAACCAUGGACGCUUCAAACCAUGGACGCAUUUCCCCCUCUUCGUGAAACUCACCUUCUACAAACGAUUCCGAUACACCUUUUAUGGAGACUAUGAAGAACAGAAACUGUCCCUCUACUCGGAGGAAUCCUUUUACUUCUCCUUCUAUGACGACAUCGUGAAAUCGGAGACCUACCUGGAGGGCAUCAAGCUGCUUAUACACGAUGAAAGAAGCGAAUACCCCAAUACGAUCAAUGCCAUUCGGCGCUUCAACAUUUACCCCGAAAUUGUCCUCGGAACAGUCUGGAGGAUGCUUAAUUUAAAGGAGCGCUUCCUAACACCUUUCAAUUUUUACGUACACGGAGUUCUGCUUUCCCAGGCUGCCAGCGUCGGCGUCUUAUUCUUUUUCUCCGUUUAUUUGGGACGGUCCUACAUUUCGGGCGUCAUUUUUCUGAUGCUUUUUUUUUCCUGCUAUAGGGAGAAGUUCAUCAUGCGAUUGUCAGCCUUCCCACUGAGAGAGAACUUCGCCUCAGUCUACAUGUGGUGCAACAUCUUACUCAUUUACACCAUUUUACGGGAGAGGAAGAAGAAACAUAACGCCUACCUCGUCUUCCUCUUCCUGUCGUCCUUCCUUUUUUUCAUCACCUGGCAGUUUUCCGUUUUCGUCACGCUGACCCAUGUGGUGGCUCUGUUCGGAUUAGACUUACUUGGAUUUAACAUUCAGAAGGAGUUGCACAGCAUCCUCGUGACAUUAUCCUGCUCUUACGUCGUUUCUCUGUUGGCGACUUUCUUCCCACGUUAUUUGAUGUGUACCUAUCUGCCAUUCGUGUUGGCUAGCCUCAUUAUUACGAAUGUGCUUUACCGACGGGGAGGUGGCACUGCGAAUGAUGUAAGACGUGGCGGUGCCAAUGAGGUAAGACGUGGCAAUAUCCAUGAUGGAAGACCUGAAGCCGCUUCUAACCGAAGGGAUGGUGCCCCGAGUGAGAUAGACCCCCCUUGGAUAUUACCCCUCCAGUUGCCCCAGUUACGAAGCCAACUAGCGUUCAUGCUGAAGAAGGGGAUCACGUCCAUAGUGAUCUUCCUUCUCCUUCGACUGACUACCGUUGGAAUGGAGAAGGAUGACUCGCACGUUCUGUCUCUUCUAAAAGUGCGUCUGCAUCUAAGUAGCCACGACUUCGACAGCAUGAUUUACAGUGUGGGUUCAGAAUUCAAUCCCUUUACCAGACAUAUGUUCAGCAUGAUAAGGGAGACCUCCCUCUUUGAUUACUUCGUCUUCUUUAACUUGAUUCUGCUUCUCUACGGGGUGAAUUAUGUUUCACACGUUUGGCGAGCCACGCGGGGUGGAAGCGACGAACAAAGGCGCGCCAAAUUGAGUGUGAGUGGCUGCGACGAACAAGGGGGCGACAAAUUGGGUGUCUGCAACAGAUUGCGUGUGAGCUACUGCGACAGGGGGGUACGCGUCCGGUUCGAAGUGUUCCACGCGCAGUUCCUCUACCUGGUGGUCCAGUUUAUCUUUUUCGUCCUGCUGAUGCUGAUAAUCUCCCGCUUGCGUGUCCUGGCCCUGCCCCUCAUGUGUCUGCUUAGCAGUCUUGUGGGGUCUCCACUCCUCCUUGGGGACAUCUACAGCGUCACACGGGAAAAUCUGCUCCACCUCGGGGCCAGCAAGAAGAACCUAUCCCGCCUGAUCAUCCAGGGGAUCUGCCUCCUGGAGUGCGCAUACCCAUUUGCGAAGUACUUCCCGACGUACGAGUACGUUAACCUCACGGGGAACGAGCCAGUCAACAUAGAGAAGAACCUCGAUCUGGUCGUGUGGCUUCGCCAGAAUCUGAAGGAAGGUGAACCCAUUCUUACAGACAUCCCUACAUCUAGCUUCCUCAGAUCGACAACCAACUUUAAGAUGGUUCUGAACCCACAGUAUGAAAAUGUAGCCAUGCGAAGGAGAGUGCAGGAUUACUACAUGUUUUCCUCAUGUCUCCCUUUCAGUGAUGCCAAAAGGUACUACUACGAUAGAUACAAGGUCCGCUACUUCGUGGCAAACAUUUACAGAUGUGCUUCUAUCUCCAACGAAGCGACCAAUGCCUUCAGCAUUGCUGAGCUCGUGGGUUCAGACUAUGCCAGAUGUAGACACAGAACAAGUAUGAAAUUCUGCCAGCGUGUGUUGUAUGACGACAGAAACUAUAAGACUCUGUAUCGAAACGGAAAGUUUAGUGUGAUCUAUUUUGAUCCCGUACAUGUAUUGGAUGAUUCUCCUUAUGAGCAGUUCGACGAGGGGAAGUACGCUCAUGUCAGGUUCUACAUCCCCUGGAUCUCCAGAUGCAUGCAGACAGAUUCAAAGUGUCAGGAACACAUUGUGGACGUGGCAAGAUCCCACCUCGAUAUCCUCCGAUACAACAAAAUUGGGUUCACCCUUUACAAGUUCGUCCAGAGGACCUUCCUCGACGGAAAACAUUCGCUUCCAUUCAGGGAGAGUGAUCUUCUCUCCGUGGGUAGUAUCCACCCCUCUGAGGAGCCAUCCCCCCAGGGGCAUAACCUUCAUACCCUUUUCCACAUGGCCGAGUUUUACGACUACGAUGUGCGCGACGCGAAAAAGGCGCACCAACUGUACAAGAGAGCCAUCCAGCUGAUCACACUCCCGAGGGGAUGCAACCAAUCGGACCAACCGGAUCAAGCGAAUCAAGCCGAUGAAGCCGAUGAAGCCGACCGAUCGAAUGGGGUCUACCGAGCCCACCACCCCUCCGUGACCGUGCCCACCUUGGUCCCCUUUGUCCCUAUCGCGAAGCGCAUUCAGAUGAUCACUUCGUAUAUAUACUUCCUACUAGACACGGCUUCGUCCGCUGGACGGGCCGACAUCCUCAAUCUGUACCAGAACAUGGACCUGCUUGUGGUUGUCGCCGGUUCUGCGCUGGACGACGGGUUCUACUACGAAGGGGGUACGCCUCGAAUGAAGGAGCGGCCCACCAGGGGGGAAUCACACAACGAGGCCAAUGCAGUCAACACACCCAAUGCAGUCAACGCAGAUAACGCACCCAAUGCCGCCAAUGCAGCCAACCCUACCGCUGCACCUCCGACGGGUCGCCCAGACGCCGGACAAACCAUCAGAAGAACAUUCAACGCAGGGGAUCUCGACUCAGCCGUAACUCUCCUCUGCGAAAAUGCAGCCUACCUCUACAAAAUCAGGAAAGAAAACCCAAAGUAUAUUUCUAUUUAUAAAAAAAUGUGGACGCUGGCUAAGCGCGUCUCCCACAUGAAUGAGUGUGUUUUGCGGAAUUACCACUUGUUUGAGCAGAGGCGGAUUGGGGUCCUGGACUACCUGGCCUUCUUCUACCUCUACCGCUGA